AUGAUCUUCGUAAGGGAUGCUUAUGGGUUUGCAGUAAGACCUCAACACUUGCAAAGAUACCGGGAAUAUGCAAAUAUAUACAAGGAAGAAGAAGAGGAGAGAUCUGACAGGUGGAAGCACUUUCUAGAUAGACAAUGUGAAUCUGCUCAAUUGGCUGUGAAUAGGUUAAGUGACGACAAUAAUGUUGUAAAGUCAAAUGUUGAAUCAUCUAUUGAAGAUAGUUUGAGUGAAGAUUGUAAAGAGGUGCAAUCCAUAACAGAAUCCAAAGUUCAUCAAAUUCAGAUAUGGACUGAAAUCAGACCGUCUUUAUGGGCCAUAGAGGAUAUGAUGAAUUCUCGUGUGAAGAAAAGAGUUACUAUGUCAAGGAACGAAGCCCGUCCUGAGCCCAGCAUAAGAAAGCAACUUUCUUCUAUUGAAGAGGCCCGGCCUGGAAAAGGGGCGUCUGAAGAAGAUUCCGAGGAAGAAUUCUUUGAUUUGGAGAGAUCAGAAUCGGACCCCGUUCAAGAGAUCCUCACAACCGAUGGUAUUAUUCCUACUCUGUACACUCAUUUAGAAUCUACACCUCCAUGGAAGCAAGAACUGGAAUGUCUUGUUCAAGGCGGGGUACCAAUGGCACUGAGGGGAGAGCUGUGGCAAGCCUUUGUUGGUGUUAGAGCACGCAGAGAGGAAAAUUACUAUCAAAAUUUGCUUGCUCCGUAUACAGAAAAGAAAAAUGCAGAAUUGGAGGAGAAUAAUUGCGAAUCAAAUGUGGAAUCUGUUGGUGUUCCUGAAAAAUGGAAAACCCAGAUUGAAAAGGAUUUACCUCGAACUUUUCCUGGUCAUCCUGCUCUAGAUGAGGAUGGUAGAAAUGCUUUAAGACGGAUACUUACUGCCUAUGCUCGGCAUAAUCCGUCUGUCGGGUAUUGCCAGGCAAUGAACUUCUUUGCAGGGUUGUUAUUGCUACUGAUGCCAGAGGAAAAUGCAUUUUGGACUCUAGUGGGUAUUCUAGAUGACUAUUUUGAUGGCUAUUAUUCAGAAGAAAUGUUAGAGUCUCAGGUUGAUCAGCUUGUUCUUGAGGAGUUGGUGCGGGAAAGAUUUCCGAAAUUGGUAAAUCAUCUUGAUUAUCUAGGAGUGCAGGUGGCAUGGGUGACUGGGCCAUGGUUUCUCACAAUAUUUAUGAAUAUGCUUCCAUGGGAAAGUGUUCUUAGAGUCUGGGAUGUGCUUCUUUUUGAAGGGAAUCGUGUAAUGUUAUUUCAGACGGCACUUGCUUUGAUGGAGUUAUACGGACCUGCAUUGGUUACGACCAAGGAUGCUGGUGAUGCAGUCACGCUGCUUCAGUCCUUAGCUGGCUCGACUUUCGAUAGCAGCCAACUUGUAUUGACAGCGUGUAUGGCUUUCCCGAAUGUUCAAGAAGCACGACUUCAAGAAUUAAGAGAUAAACACCGGCCAGCUGUCAGGGCUUCAUUGAAGGAAAGAGAAAAGGGAGUAAGAGUGGGGAAGAAGGAUUCACAGGGCCUGGCUUGUAAAUUGUAUACAUUCAAGAAGGACCCAGGUUCAGUAAUGAUGGAGACCGAUAAAUCGGGACAAAUGGGUAUGCUGUCGAAUGAUGAUGUGUCGGGUUUGGAACCUUCGUCUGUUAAUGGCGAUCAGCUAUGUAUGAGCUUGAAUGGUAAUGUGGAGUUCGAUUCUCCUAGAGAUCUUGAAGAGCAGGUAGUUUGGCUUAAGGUCGAGUUGUGCAAGCUCCUGGAGGAGAAAAGAUCUGCUGAGCUUAGGGCAGAAGAGCUUGAAACAGCAUUAAUGGAGAUGGUUAAACAAGAUAAUCGACGCCAAUUGCAUGCAAGGGUCGAGCAAUUGGAGCAACAGGUUAGUGAGCUUAAGCAAGCUCUUGCGGAUAAGCAGGAGCAAGAGAGUGCCAUGCUUCAGAUUUUAAUGAGGGUAGAACAAGAACAGAAAGUGACUGAAGAUGCUCGCAUAUUUGCCGAGCAAGAUGCUGCUGCCCAGAGAUGUGCUGCUCAAGUGCUUCAGGAAAAGUACGAAGAAGCAUGUGCCACUGUGGCUGAGAUGGAGAAGAGAGCAGUCAUGGCCGAGUCCAUGCUGGAGGCCACCUUGCAGUACCAGUCGGGACAAACUAAAGCUCACCAUUCUCCUCGGUCUACCCACCAAAGUAAUCAAGAAGACCCUUCACUAGAAAUGCCGACAAGAAAGAUUAGCCUACUCUCGAGACCAUUUGGAUUAGGGUGGCGUGACAGGAACAAGGGGAAGCCCGAGGAGUCGAAUGAUGGAAAACAGGCGAAGGAUGGAGGAAGUUUAAGUUUGAAGCAAGAAGAAGCCAAUGGCCAUCAGGUGGAGUAG